CAUCUGGCAACAUGGCGACGAUAAACAUUAAAUUUCGAUAGACAACAAAUGCAUCGCAAAACGACAAAAUAAUAAACAAAAUAAUGCGUAGCACAUAAUAAAUAACAUAUCAAAGUAAAAGGAAGAGGAAAAGCUAUGGAAAUGGGCAGGCAGAGGAAGCGACGCAAGCAGCGCAAACGCAAACAUCAGCGACACAAACAAAAGGCGGCUGCAGCAGCCGCAGCUGCUGUGGGCGCGCCUAGGCUGCCCGCCGAGAUCUGGAGGAGCACGUACAAGACACUGCUGCAGUGGCAUCAGGCGCAGGUGCACAGCGUCUGUCGUGGACGAAUGGAGCCAGCGGCAGACGAGAGCUUCAGCGAGGGAGAGGAGGAGGAGGACGAGGCAUACGAAGAGCAAGAGUUGCAGCGGGAGGAGCACUUGGAAUGGAAUGCGUUCAAUGACGAAGUGGAUCAAGUGGAUGUUGAGUACUUGAAAUUUCUAGAGGUAACGCUGCAGCAUCAGCAGGAGCUGAAACGUCUUCGCGCCGCAGCUGCAGCCGCACAGCAGAGUGGCGCGGAGGCGUGACUACAGGAAACCCGCCGUAAAACUUGGCUUAAGUCUAGGUUUAAGAUUCUACAUAUACACACAGUGAAAGAUCACCAGGUCGGACAACCAAUCAGAAUGACGUUACAGUAAAACCUCUUAACAAUUAAUUUACACGUGAAGUCAAAAUUUAAUGUUUGUAAUCAUAAUUUGACAUAUUUUUUGUUUUAUUUUUUUUUAUGUCAUCUCAAAAUGUAUUUCUGAAAUUUUUUAUAUUUCAGUUACAAAUUUUGCAAAUUGUCGACUGUUUCUAACAACAGCUGCCAUUCAAAUUCCAAGUACAAUUUUUGAGGAAAGUUUUCCACAUUUUUGUGUGCGUUCUAGGAUAA